AUGCAAAACUUUCGCAUCUCGCUGUGCGCGGUUGCUGCGGGGCUUUGCGCGGCGCUGCUGGCGCUGACGGCAGCGGUGCUGAUCCGCGCCUACGCGCUGCGAUCCCCGGCCAUCCCGCGACUGUGGGCACGGCGCGGGGGAACGGCCGCUUUCAGUAUCGAAGAGAGGUUGGAAAUGAAGGAAACGCUGCGAGGUGCUGUUAAAAUCCCGACUGUUUCCGUGUCUCCGGAGGACUUAAAUGCAACCGCCAUGGCAGAAUUUGGGGAUUACAUUCAGAAAGUCUUCCCAGCUGUAUUUUCUUCCAAGUUCAUUCAACAUGAAAUCGUUGGGGAGUACAGCCACCUCUUCACAGUUCAGGGUUCUGACUCUGAAAUGAUGCCCUACAUGCUGCUUGCACACAUGGAUGUUGUGCCUGCUCCCCUUGAGGGUUGGGAUUUCCCUCCUUUCUCAGCUGCAGAGCAUGAAGGUUUCAUCUAUGGACGAGGAACUCUGGACAACAAAAACUCUGCCAUUGGCAUUCUGCAAGCUCUAGAAUUCUUACUGAGAAGAAAUUACAGACCCCGCAGGUCUUUCUAUGUUGGCAUUGGCCAUGAUGAAGAGGUGUUUGGUCGGAAGGGAGCAGUGAAGAUUGCAGCUCUGCUGGAAUCCAGAGGAGUGAAACUCUCCUUCCUGCUGGAUGAGGGAAGUGCGAUACUGGACGGCAUCAUUGCGGGCAUGAAGAAGCCAGUAGCUCUAAUUGCUGUCACAGAAAAAGGUUCAAUAACACUGAACUUCACCGUGGAAAAAGAGCCAGGACAUUCAUCCUUCCCUCCAAAAGAGACAAGUAUUGGCAUUCUUGCAACAGCAAUGUCCAGGCUGGAGCAGAAUCCCAUGCGCAAUCUGUUUGGCCAUGGUCCGGAACUCAUGACUAUGGAGCACCUUGCAUCAGAGUUCAAUUUUCCUCUCAAUCUCAUCAUGAGCAAUCUCUGGCUGUUUUCACCUAUUGUCAGCAGAGUUCUUGCCUGGAAACCUUCCACUAAUGCCUUGAUUCGAACUACUACAGCAGUCACAAUGUUUAACGCAGGAAUCAAGCUCAAUGUCAUCCCAUCAUCUGCAAGAGCAACUGUGAACUUCCGGAUCCACUCUGCAGAGAAGGCCAGGGAGGUGCUAGAGACAGUUAGAAACACGAUUGCUGAUGACAGAGUGAAGAUUGAUGUUGUAGAGGCCUUUGACCCCCUUCCCAUCAGCCCAUGGGAUGACCAGACCUUUGGAGUCCAUGUUUUUCAGAGAACCAUUCUGGAUACUUUCCCAAAUGUUGACAGUGUAGUCCCAGGCACGUGUAUUGGAAACACAGACAGCAGGCAUUUCACUAACGUCACAGAUGCCAUUUAUCGAUUCAACCCAGUGCUCUUGAAGUCAGAUGAUCUCCCCAGGAUCCAUGGGUUGAAUGAGAGAAUCUCAGUUGAGAGUUAUGAGAAACAGGUCGAGUUUCUCUUUCAGCUGAUUAAGAACUGUGAUGUUGACGAGCUUCCGGAGCCUCACGCAAACUCUCAUGAGCUGUGAGACAAAAACCCAAGAGGAACAGCUACUGAGGUGGACUUUGGGAUGGCAGAGGUCUGGGCCAUAAGCAGCAGUUGUGUGUUGCACGUUGAGUGAUGUCUGGAGUUUGGUUUUACAUACAGAUGGAAACACUGCUGGUUUGCAGCUCCAGGCAAACAUACAGUUUGCUGUUAAGCGAUAAGAAUAGGAACAAAACACAGCCAACCAGACUUCUGUGCAUCCCUGGCCUUACAUGCAGCCAUUAAUCUGAGAUUAUUAAUUUUUUCAGCAUUUUCUUCAGUCUUUAAGCCUCUGAAAUUGGAAGUCACUUAAAUAUUGAAGCUGUAAUUUGUAAUCAUUCGUGCAUCGUUAAAAGAGGCUGAUCUUCCAAUGUCAAAGUUGUCUUUUACAGUUAAUUAGUUUUCACAAACGAUGUGCCUGUCAGAAGCUCACGUGAGGAGAACAGGAUGGGCUGUAGGUUGGAUGUCAUUGGAUACAGCUGCACUAAGAGGCUGUUGCACUGCUGAUGGGGUGGGGCUCCUUUCCCAGCUGAUCCUUUUAACCAGCAUCAGUGGUGCUCUCAGAUGAUGCCAGGGUGAAAUUGAUAUUGCUGUUUUCUGACUGAUUUCUGAUUGUAGCUUAAAAUGCUGAUCUUUGGGGGGUUUUAGCAGUGUUGCUUUAACAUAAGUUGCUCUGAUCUAUGUGGUGCUAGAAAUGUUUUUUCCUCUCUUUUCUGUGGCUCUCCCUGUCUCCCUCUAGUAAGGCCCAGGACACGUUGUGAUGCUGAGUGUCUGAGUGAGGAAAUGUGGCUUGAAACAGGUAAACUAAACUAAACUGUCUGAUCGUCCCAUCUCUUUUUUCACUGAAUCUAUUUCUAUAGCAUUCCUCUUUUCCUCCCCAGACAACUUCUUUGUGAAAGAUGGUGAAGCUCUCCCAUUUUCUCCAGUUCAGAGGGAGCAGAGCCUUCUCUCCACCUUCAUGGCCUACUCUUCCACUUCUCACUUUACCUCCUGCUUCUAUUGACUCAGCUCUCUGGGAAGUCUAAUGUGCACAGGCCAUUGAUAUUGGCUGUGUUUUUAUUUCUUCUUGCACUAGCACACCUGUCUUUGUUGACACUAAAGGGUUAAGCAUUCUCUUGGCCUCAACAGUCUGUUCAGUUGCAGUUACUGUUAUUUGUUAAAGAAUUCAGAAUUAGGCAUUAGCCAAGAAAAGACUGUGGAGGUUGUUUUCUUGCACUGACAUGCAGAGUCUGCUGUAGGAAGGAGGCAGACCUUCUCCUGUUGCACUGUUGCAGAGAUGUGUGUCUCUUUUUCUGAGUGUGAGUGAUAGACUGGAAUCGGAUGGUUGUUCUGCUCUUAAUUCAUAGUGUAAAAUGUGCUGGGAUGUGCAGGAAAUACCCAGGAAUGUAUCCUGAAAAACAGUGGAACUGUGAGUCCUAAUUCCCAUUCACCAUUUUCUAUUUAUUUGCAGACUGAUCUUAUCAGUAUUGCCAAUGGGCUGAGCUGCCUCAAGCUAUUAAAUAACUGAAACCAAACCAGCACUUUUAUCUAAUAAAGCAACGAGUGCAGGUUCUUUUCAUGAUGAUUAUUUAGUUUUAUGAUGUACCUUUAUAAUUGCAAUGAAAUCAUUUCCACACCUGAUUCUACAGCAGAGCGAGUCAUGAAGUUUCCAUCAAAACAAUUCCACAUAUUUUCCAGCCUGCUUUAGUCUUUGCACCCUCCUUGGUGUUCUUUUUAUACAAAAAUUAACUCACUAUGUCUAUGUGUUACUGGGUAGUAACAUAAAGGGUUAGAUGGUGUCUCGUGGUCUCUUCCAAUCUUAACUGUUCUGAUUCUGUUGUAGGGAUCAUGUUGCAAAAAUCUUAUCUUAGGCCAUGCUGUUGUGCAGUGGAAAUGGUGUUGUGGUGUUUAGGAGGGAUUUGUUGCCUGUUCUAAUAGCAAAUGGGCCUUAAAGACAUAAAGCAUCCUUUAUUCUUUUGUAAUUUCCUGUCCCCAAAUAAAAAUCGCUCAUCAGUUGUGUUUUGGUGAGGGCUGUUUCUUUAAAACGAUUCAUUUGAAGAUUCAUUUUGCUGCUGAAGGAAAAGUGAAGAGCAAAGCAGUUCUGGGAAAGCAUGGUUGUUUUUGGCAGGUAAGGUGCAAAUGUGUGCCAUGAGGUUUUGCUAAUGCAUUUCAUUGCAGAACCUCAUUAAUUACUGCUCAUCAUGCAGUGCCUCUGCAAUGUGCAGAUGUUCAGCAGAGCUUUGUUACAACCUGAAGCCACUCAACUGAAGGCCUCAUCCAGGAUGCAAUGGUGGAGAGCACGUUUUCCACCUUUCCCCAUUUCUCUCCAGUCAUUUCUGCUUUUUUUUUUCCUGUGCAGCAGCUUUGCUUUUGUAUUCCCAGCUGAUCAGCAGCCAUGCCACGCUCAUCUGGCUCAGUUCUGAACGAUUGCUCAGUGUUGGUACCUGCACACCUCCUCUAACAAAGCAGUUUUUCUUCCCUGCUCCUUUUUCUGUUCAUGAUAUGCUCUCCAGGAAUGUCUCUCAUCUUGUGUAGUGUUUGAAAUCUUCGUGUCAUCGUGUAAAUAAAAACGUAAGGAUGAUGCUUUA